UUUCCCCACCCUCUCAUAUAAACUCCUCAUUCACACAUUCAAAUCUUUACAGAUAUUCAAUUCCGUUACUCAUAUCCUCAUCCCUCCACCUCCGCGCCGCCGCUUGUCUUCUGAACCUCAGACCUCCGCUACCUCCACCUCCUCCGCCUCCGCUUAUCCUUCAAAGCCCAGAAAAGAAACUGACAUUUCUGAUGAUUUAUUCUUCAGGAAAAACAAACCAUGUCGAAUCAAACUUCUGAAAUCAGCUUCGUUCUCACCCAUCCAGCCGUCUCCAUGAACAAUCCAUUCCUUGAACUCUCCAAAAUAAAAACCCUACUUUACUUGAUCGUUUAGCAAUUUCGAAGAAGUGGAGAAACCCGAAAAACAAAAAAAAAACAUGGGUAGGAUACGAGGUUUCUUGCUAAAACACCGAGUCGCCCUAUUUCUCCGGCAGGUUUUCCGGCAGAGGUUCGCGCUGGCGUCGUACCGCCGACUAAGUCCACCUCAAACCAUCCGGGUCAAACCCUUCUCUGGGCUGAUCAGCUGGACCCGCCGCCUGAGGACAAAAGCAAAGGCAAUAGUAGCAAGCAAUCAUGAGAUGGAUCGAGGUUACAUCCGGGUCGGGCAAGAACCGGCUAUUGAGAAACCCGUGCCCGCCCCGAAAGGGUACAUGGGAGUUUAUGUGGGUCAGAAAGAUGGUGAUCAUCAGAGGGUUUUGGUGCCCGUGGUGUACUUCAACCACCCUUUGUUUGGGGAUUUGCUGAAAGAGUCAGAAAACGAAUACGGGUUUGAUCAUCCGGGUGGGAUUACCAUCCCCUGUCGGAUCUCGGAGUUUGAGCGUGUCCAGACCCGGAUCAAGGCGGUUCGGUGUACCCGGAAGUUGCUGAAGUGGACCCGACCCCGGUAGGGCUUGAUGGGUUGACGGGUUCGCUUCUGCAUGGGGAGUGUGAUGAUGACGAUAGGGCCAUGUUUUCAUAUUGGUGAUAGAUAGUUAUAUUUAGCAUCUUCUAUUUUUAGAAUAUUCUAUUUAAGACCCUCAGCUUUCCUAUUUUCUGUUGUAGUUUAAUUUUCUUUUGUUUUAUGUUCGGUUGAUAUUGUAGUGUAAUAAUAACAUAAAUAAAGUUGUAUAAAUGGUUGACAAAUUUUGGAUU